AUGAUGGUGCAGGGGCCAUCUUUUGGAAUUGCCUCAUUUGGUUUGGCCUUUCUGUCCGAAACUCCACAACUCCGAGUCGCUGGUGUGGAACACGUUCACAACGUAAUCCGCACACACCACACCGCAAUUGCAAAACCUGCGCAGGUCUUGGCAGCCAUGGACCAGCAGCGUUUCCGACUGUUAGAGCCCAUGAUGCUCAUUUCGUCUUCGGCUUCCUUGACCCCACAGGCGCGUACACGGACGAGUCGGCGAUGCUCGAGCAGUCUUCCGUUGCACGCGCCUCUCACGGAGAUUUUUUUCAUCAUCACUAUUCGCGUUGAAGACCUGUCGGGCUGCGGGCAUCCAAACUACGGAUACCGUCGGGACAAACCCACCGCCAAUGCCAUCGCCACGGGCAUCGAUUCAACAGAAGGGGAAAAUAUCACCCCUGCCCCCUUUGGCUUCCCUUCUGUUGGAUUAAAAAAUUGGGGAAUUGGGAUUCAGGUCCGGCACUCGAAAGGCUUGUCGGGGGGGAGGGGGUGCCUGUCCGCCCUUGCAGCCGCACCAACCAACCCGCUUGACCUGCUCGUCCCGUCACUGAUUUGGAACCUGGAAUCUAGACCGAGCUCCCUAUCGCCCACUGCCCAUCGCAUUCACAGGACCGGUGCCAAGCACGCGCGGGCGCAGGCGCGAAUGUUGCCGCAAUGCCAUCGCAAUGCAAACGCCGGCAUGACAGCAGCGUUCAUCCAUUGCCUGCCUGCCCUUCAACUGCGAGCUCCACCAACCCUUCGCUUCUGGUCACCGUGGAGCCGCAUGACUCUCUCUCUCUCUCUCUCUGGACUGUGUGACGAAGGUGAGCAUUCGACAUUGUCCCAAGGGCCCUUGGCCGGCCGGUCUUGGCUUCGAAUGGCAGGAGAUGGCAAGCCCGGCGCUGCUGCAACCCUCGAGUGUCUUCAGAUCCUAUUCAUAGCCGCCCGAGGCCCACAGCGCCGGGAGUAG